ACCUCAGCCGUAGAUAAACAGUUGUCCUCUCCUAACCCGAAACUUUUCUUUCCUUAGCAGCCGACACAAGCAGGAGGUAGCAGACACCCCACACGAGACAGUAGACAGUCGCAAGUUAGCAGACAACACACGUAGACCCACCCACACUCGGCACACACACAGCAGACGAUAUGGACGCACAGUUGGGCAAAUGGAAGGUCGUGAAAGAGGAAACGACUGGACUGGAUGAAUUUUUAACAAAAUUGGGGUUGCCGAAGGAAGCCCAGGCCGCUUACAAGGAUCUCGACUACACGAUCGAGACGUCCAAGGACGGGGACUCGUUCAAGUCGGUGGUCAACAUCACCGGUCGCGACCCCCUCGUCUACACGUGGAAGCUGGGAGAGGCCUUCGAGUACCAGUCGCUGGACGGAACCAAACCUAUGCUGACGGUGACGGAAGAGGGCGACACUGUCGUGGAGUCGUACACUCUGGAGAAGUUCAACAGGCAGUGGAAGUGCGUCAGGAAGGUUGACGGGGACGCCAUGACUGCGACCACGUCGUGUGAAGAUGUAUCCAUGGUACAGAAGCUGAAGAGAGUUUAAUACAAUUUUAAAUCGAACGAUAUCGGACACUGCAACACUCCAACAAAGCCUGAGUCCAAUGAGUUUUGCACGCUAGUUUAAGUAUUGCUUUUAUGCAUUUAUAUAAAACAACUUGAUUUCGACAUGGCAUUACCACUGCUUGUGCUACGCAUAAUGAUCUCUCGCUGUUCACAAGAGAGGAACACCCCUCUAUUUAAGACAGUGUUGUUUAGGUUAUCUAUAAAAAAAAAUCCUAGCUAACUGUGAAAACAAAAUAUAAUAGUAAUUCGUGAUGACUGAAUGAUUGCUCACACUGUCGAAGUAUUCAGAUGAUACAUCAUCAUCCAUCACUAUGUACCUCUAGUUAUUAAAGUGGUGUUUAAAA